UGUGGUGAGAAACAGGCGUGUGUUUCAGGCUCUGCAUAACAUUAGCAAAGAUGGUGAAGAUCUUCGUUGGGAACCUGCCUCCACAGGCAGAAGCAGAAGAAAUAAAGUCUCUGUUUACUCAAUAUGGAGCGGUCUCUGAGUGUGCCAUUAUCAAGAACUUUGCCUUUGUCCACAUGGAUGAUCGCAAAAGUGCAACAAAGGCGAUCCGAAACCUUCAUUUAUACAAGCUGCAUGGAACGCCCAUCAACGUUGAAGCGAGUCGGGGCAAAAACCAGGGCCCGGUGAAGCUUCAUGUUGCCAAUGUGGAGAAAGGAGCAGAUGAAGAGCUCAGAGAGCUGUUUGAAGAGUACGGCACAGUUACCGAAUGCGCAGUCAUUAAGAACUUUGCUUUCGUGCACAUGAGCAAUUCCGAUGAGGCCAUGGAUGCCAUCAAGGGGUUGGACAAUGCUGAAUUCCAAGGCAAACGAAUUCAUGUGCAGAUUUCAAAGAGUCGACCAAGGGGCGAGGAGGAAGACUAUGGCCCCCCAGACAGUGGUUACUGGCCACCCCGUUUCCCUGGUGACCGUCCUGAGCCCCCUGGUUAUCCUAGGGGUCGCUUCGGCUAUCCCCCUGGUCCCCCUCCUCCACCACCACCCAUGCCUCCCAGACGCCCCCCAUACCCAGAGCGUGCAGCGCCGGCAUACGAGCGCGAACACGGUGUGGUUGACUAUUACGAGAAGUACCGCGCUCGCCCUUACGGCGCCGCCUCAUAUGAGGACCGGCGUCUGGGUGCCAUCCCCCCUCCCCCUCCGCCCCCAUCAUCCGGCAUUAUGAGAGAGAGAUUGGCUGGCAAUGGCCUCGACCCCUAUGAGCGACGCCCCCUUCCACCCCCGCCAUCCUCGUACUACGCACGAGACCGCAGUCCCAUCAGACGUGCUCCUCCUACCCCUCAUACACCCGCCGGGAAUGGUUACUCAUUCGAGCGAUCUCGUCUCUCCCCUCUCUCCAUGUCUCGGACCCCGAUGUACAGCAUGCCUCGGGCCAGAGACCCCUAUGCUGACAGGGCGGCGCCGCCUCCACCACCUGCGCGCUACUCGUAUUAAAGUGCACCACUGCGCUUUUGUAAUCCAAGGUGAGAAUAGGUCCCGCAAGCCAAAUAAUAUAGAAACCAGAAUGUACAUACAUACGCUGCUCUGCGUGUGUAAUUGAUGCGCAAGUAGCAGUAACGUAAACUUUGUAUCAAAGUGCCUGGGUCGUAAAUUUUUAAUGGCCUUAUGGUCUUUUAAAUAGCGCUGCUCGAUGAACGCUAAACUUCGUAUCGAAGUGUUUAGAUGGUAAAUUCUGCUGGUAAAUUAAAUUUUCACUUCGCAUAAAUCAAACAGACUUCCUACAAAUCUUUAUUUUAACUUAGCUUGUCGAUUCAGUAAUCCGAGAUGGCACUGCAGCCGUUUGACUCAUGUGGUUUGCUCUCUUUCCAGGUGUAAAUUAUUCAACAAGAUCGUCGUCGUCGUCUCCAGGUGCACGUGCCGCGAUACGUCUUUGUCUGCCAGAGCGCGUUUCGUUCGCCUGCGCACCAUAGUGGAAGAGUUCUGUUGCAGACUGCACAUUCUAUAAAACUACCACCGCUUUUACACGCAUAAAAUCGUCCUCAUGCUAAAUUGUCAACUCUGCUUUAUUUAAUUUUUUUGCCUUGUUUUUAUUGUUUAACAUUUGAUAGGUAAGAGAGACACUAAGCCAGAGCACGUCAAUUAGGUUAACUUGGUGGUUUGGUAAAGACUAUGAAAGGAACGCAUAUUAAAAAUUCUUCUUUCAAAGAACACUUCAAUGUAUCUCACUGUACAUUUUUACCUUUAAAAUCUGGAAUGAGCGUAUCGUUUGUUAUUAAACUACUGUAACAAGCGCUAUUCCAUAACUUUGAUUUUGAACCAAAAAAAUAAUUUGUGUAAAGCUUUUUUUUUUUUCUCUCUCUCUCUCCUUCUCUUUUCUCCCUUCUCUAAGCUAUUUGUUAAAGUGCGGCAUGCAAGUAAAAAUACAUUCUCCGCAGCAGUAAAACCUUUCCGUCUACUGGCUUUAUUGAAAUUGUGCUGUAGUGUGGAUUUUAGUUGCAGAGUAUCGAAGUUAAAGGACUUUGUAUAAUUUUCUUUCAUAGGAACACUUGAAAGUUUUAAUAAAAAGACUGGAACUUGGUCCGUCGUUUUGCUUUUCUUGCUAACCUUUUAAACUCAACAUGCCUAAAUGGGCAUAAAAGUAACUAUACUAGACCUGUAUUCGAAUUAAAACCCAUAACAUCAUGCUUCCUAGUUUAAGAGUAUGACAGAGAAUGGAACUGCUUCUGCGGCGAAAUGAAAGCGAUUGUACCAUCACUUCGUCUUCAAGGCUAUUUUUUUUGCUCUAAACCAUUGGCGUCUCAAUAUUCCUGGUCUGUGUGCAAAUAAUCCUAUCGUUUUGAUUCAUUAAGUGGAUAGACUUCCCAAUGUUUUCUUAAACAGUCAGUGGUUCUUUUAAAGUUUGAUUAUGCCAGGUAAGUCACUUGAUGGAUUUAGUUUCUUUACCACUCAGCAUGCCUUUCACUACUUAAUUGUUUCAAGGUAUCGCUUUAGUACACCGACUGCAUGUGUCUCAAUGAAAUGUAUUUGGGUCCAUAUGUUUUCCUCAUGCAAGUGAUGAUAUACUUUAGGAUGAACUCAUGCCUGAGGGUAAGUUUUGUUAACUUAUGCAUUUCCCCCUUUCUCUUAGAUCUGUAUUUAUUUUACAAUAAAAUGCGUAUAGUUAUGGCUGUUCGUUCAUUUAUUUGU